UGGUAACAUCACAUGAUAUUUUGUAAACAAAAUGGCAGAAACUGUGACAUCAAAAUAUUACAAAAUUGCAAUAUUUGUAAUGUAAAAUUCGUACAGUGCAAGAAAUCACACCUAUUUGAUAUCGAUAACAACUGGCUAAACUGAACAUUUAGACUCUGGAUACUGGUAGUGUAGUUGACACUGUUAACCUUGUUCCGGUGACAAAAAUGGAAGCCCCAAGUAUAAUAGCCAGUCUGUAUCACACAAUCAGUUCACACACUUCUGAUGUUAAUGGAGUGUGCUUCUCCAAGACAAAGAUUUUAGCAACAUGUUCAGGAGACAAAACUGUGCGUCUUUGGGACACAGAUGAUUAUAGUGAAUUGCCAUGUUCUCCACUUUGUGGGCACACAUACUAUGUCCACUGUUGUACAUUCUCACCGUUUGGAACUCUGUUAGCUUCAUGCUCAACCGAUGGUAAAGUUAUUAUAUGGGACACAAAAACCGGAAAAAAGAAAGGUGUGUUACAGCACGACAGUAAAUCUCCGAUACGAGUGUGCCGUUUCUCGCCUAAUUCACAAAUGCUGGUUUCUGGAGGAGACGAUAACAACAUUUGUUUGUGGGAUAUAACUACAGAAACUCUCAUCAAUACAUUCCGUGGACAUGAGGGCACUGUAUUUGGCUGUGAUUUUACCCCAGACUGUCAACAUGUAGUGUCAGGGUCCAGUGAUGGGGAUCUACAGGUUUGGGAUGCCCGGUAUGGUCAUGGGAAAGCCUUGCUGCUGGAACUGGAAGGUCAUGACCUUGGAGUUACAUACUGUGAUUUCUCUCCAACAUUUGGUGUAUCAGAGCAGCCAGGACCGCCUACAGGCACCUCGAGAUUUCUGUUAGCAUCAUGCGGUCAGGACGAUGUCGUAAAACUCUGGGACUUCACUUCUAUAGCUGGAACUACAAGUGUGAUGUUGAAGGAGAGGCAGGUACUACGAGGACAUACAGGUACUGUGAUGCAGUGUAAAUUCUCACUGAAUGGCAAACUUCUAGCUUCAGGGUCAAUAGAUAAAACAGUGAGAUUAUGGGAUCCACUUACAGGAGCCGCUCUACAUGUUAUAGAAGGUCACAAGAGAUAUGUGACAUGUUGUGCCUUUUCGAGUGAUGGUCAGUAUAUAGCAUCGGGAUCCAAUGAUAAAACUGUCAUGGUUUGGAAACUACAAUCAGAACAACAGCUCUUCACUGCCUUAGAGACGAAGGAUGGACUGUAUAUUGAAGAUGUUCCACAGACAGUUGAUAUUGACAUGUCUAGCCAGAUAAAAUCUGAGGCGGAGAAGUGGACAGUAGAUGAUGUGUGCAAGUGGAUAGAGGAAAUAGGCCUCGACCAGUACAAGGAUAACUUUAGAAAGCACGAUAUUGAUGGACAGGAGUUGCUUACCUUGACUCAGGAAAGUCUUAUGACUGGAUUAGGUGUUGAUUCACUUGGUCACAGAAAUAAAAUUUUGCGAUGCCGAAGUAGACUUCUUGAACACCCGAUUGUUCAGCAGAGGGAUCAAGAUGCAGGUGUGCCGGAUGAAUUCUUAUGUCCAAUCACCAGGGAGAUUAUGAAGGAUCCUGUUAUAUGCUCAGAUGGAUAUACGUAUGAGCGUGCAGCCAUUACAAGCUGGAUACAGAAAGGGAAAGACAGAAGUCCGAUGACUAAUGCGGUGCUGGUUUCCAAGGAUCUCACACCAAACAGAAGUCUUAAAAUGAUCAUACAGCGCUACUUGAAUCCUUGAUUAUACACCAUAGCAACUGUGGUGGAUGUCAUGUGUGUGUAGUUUCAAUUAAGAUCAUCUGAACUACCAGUAUAGAAGGAUACUGUAGAGCCUUGGUUAUCCCAGAAUGCCUUUACAUGUGUCAAAAAAUUUCAUCUUCCGUAUUAAUAUCACAGUAUAGACAAAUUCAGAUGUAUAUAUUUUUUUGAAGAAGUUGAAUGAUUUUUAACAGUAGCUUUGCAUUAGUUUAAAACUCUCACAGCAUUUUAAGUGAAUUAUAGCGUCAUGUAUUGUACUUGUUAAACUUCAAAUCAAAUUGAUAAGAUAUAUUUAGAAAUGGAUAAUAGUGCAUGUAAUUUAAAGACAAAACCUUCAGUCUGAUGUAGUUUUCCUUUUGUAGGAAGUCAGUUCUAUGUAACCUAUGUAAAAUGCUUCUUGCUUGAUUUUAAGAAUUGGGCACUCAAAAAAAAAACAACAUUUAAGAAAACUGCCUUGACAAUCAAAACACUGCUAAUCAAAGUGAUUAUGUCAAAGACGUAAAUUUGCAGAACAUUUUUGAAAUAAUUUCAUUUAUAUAGAUUUAGUUAAAUCAAGAGCAUAGAUGGAAAUAAAUGAUAAAGUGAAAAGGUAAAUUUGUAACUUAUCUUAUUUUAUUUUUUGUGCAAAUUACAUACAAUUACUCUACUUAACAAGGCAUUACAAAAAUUAUUCAUUAGAUUGAAAUUACCAAGCAGGCAGAAUUUUGUAAUUUUAUGAAAUGACCACUAUAUGAAAAUAUAUGUGUUUAAGAAAUGACUACCGGUAUGUGGAAAAAUCGCUUAGAAAAUGUCUAGGUGUAUUUUGCUUUCAGUGCACAUGGGGAAAAUUGGCUUGUUUGCUUCAAAAGGUUUUAAUCCUUACCCUGCUAAAUUUAUAUAAUGAACUUUUCCAUCUUUCAAUUUUGACAGUACCAUUAACUGUUAAAAGGGGCGCUUGCCAAAAAUAUACUGACUGAAUGGCGAACAGUGCAGAUCAUGAUCAGACUGCACAGAUGUGCAGGCUGAUCAUGAUCUGCACUGGUCGCAAAGGCAGAAUCCAUCAUGUCAAGCAUAAGGGUUAAAACAAAAUGCUUUUGCUGGUUUGCAACAUGCAUCCAACAUAAGGCAGUUGUUAUAAAUUCAGAUAUACAAGAAAACAUUGUAAACAAUUUAUGAUAUUUUGAUAGUUUCUUUUAUUAUGCCCCUCUUCGAAGAAGGAGGGGUAUAUUGUUUUGCAGAUGUCGGUCGGUCGGUCUGUAUGUAGACCAAUCCGUUUCUGGAUGAUAACUCAAGAACCCUUGGGCCUAGAAUCAUGAAAGUUGAUAGGGAGGUUGUUCAUCACCAGCAGAUGACCCCUAUUGAUUUUGAGAUCUGUAUGUCAAAGGUCAAGGUCAAAGUGACCCUGAUUAGUGAUGACCUCUAUUGAUUUUGAGGUCAGUAUGUCAAAGGUCAAGGUCACAGUGACCAGGAACAGUAAAAUGGUUUCCGGGCAAUAACUCAAGAAUGCUUAGGCCUGUUGUCAAGAAAAUCGAUAGUGAGGUUGGUCAUGACCAGUAGAUGACCCCUAUAGAUUUUGAGUUAAUUAGGUCGAAGGUCAAGGUCACAUUUACCAGGAACAGUUAAAUGGUUUCUGAUCUUCUUGUCCAAAACCACAGGGCCUAGGCUUUGAUAUUUGGUAUGUAGCAAAAUCUAGUGGUCGUCUACCAAGAUUGUUCAGAUUAUUUCCCUGGGGACAAAUAUGGCCCCACCCUGGGGGUCACAUGGUUUAUAUAGACUUAUAUAGGAAAAAAACUUUGAAAAACCUCUUGUUCAAAACCACAGAUCCUAGGGCUUUGAUAUUUUGUAUAUGACAUCAUCUAGUGGUCCUCUACUAAGAUUGUCCAAAUUAUUCCCCUAGGGUCAAAUAUGGCCCCGCCCUGGGGGUCAAAUGGUUUACAUAGACUUAUAUAGGGAAAAACUUUGAAAAUCUUUCUGUCCAAACCACAUAGACUAGGGCUUUGAUAUUUUUAAUGUAGCAUCAUCUAGUGGUUAUCUACCAAGUUUGUUCAAAUUAUCCCUCUAGGGUCAAAUAUGGCCCCACCCCGGGGUCACAUGGUUCAUAUAGACUUAUAUAGGGAAAAAUGUAGAAUCUUCAUGUCUAUAACCUACAUCAUUCAAAUUUGGAUCACAUGUAUUGUUUCAAGUGGCAAGAUGAUCCUUGACAGGAGUUGACCUUGAUCUUGACCUACUUUCACAUUUCUGUAGCUACAGUCUUCAAAUUUGGACCACAUACUUAGGUUUGUGUACCGAAACAAACUUUGACCUUGUUAUUGACCUAGUGACCUACUUUCACAUUUUUGAAGGUAAAGGCUUCAGAUUUGGACCACAUGCAUAGUUUUGUGUUCUGAAAUAAGAUUUGACCUUGAUUUUGACCUAGUGACCUACUUUCAUAUUUCUCAAGCUACAGCCUUCAAAUUUGGACCACAUGCAUAGCCUUGUGUACCGAAAUGAACUUUGAUCUUGAGAUUGACCUAGUGACCUUCUUUGACAUUUCUGAAGCUACAGGCUUUAAAUUUGGACUGCAUGCAUAUUUUUGUGUUCUGAAUUGAAAUUUGACAUUGAUUUUUACCUAGUAUCUACUUUCACAUUUCUCACGCUACAGCCUCCAAAUUUGAAGCACAUGCAUAGUUCUGUCUGCCGAAAUGAACUUUGACCUUGAAAUUGAUUAGUGACCUACUUUCACAUUUCUCAAGCCACAGCUUUCAAAUUUGGACCACAUAGUAUUACACAGUGUUUUGUACCGAAAUGAAAUUUAACCUUGAAUUUGAUCUUGAGCUAGUCUUGAAAUUUGGAACAUUAAAAAAUUGGCUUGGUGGUCCGUGCCAAGAUCACUCUGUGAUCUCUAGUUAGGUUAAUAGGUUAAAGGUCAAGGUCAGAUUGGACCAGAACAGUAGAACUUUUGUUUACAGUGAGCUUAUAAUUUCUGUUCCUUGUGCAAUUACUGAAUGCAUCAAGGGGGGCAUUUCGUGUUCAACGAGCUCUUGUUAUAUUUUCAACUCUUGUGGUGAAAAAAAUCAGGUAUUGGUUUAUCUACUGUCUAGGAAUCUGUGUUUUCCCGCCAGCUUAGCUCAAUAGGGAGAGUGCAGAUCUAUAGAUGAAUUUACUGGCGAGGCUGAUGUUCUCACAGAUGAUUUGAUAAAAAAAAUUGUGUCAGAAAUCAUUUGUCCCCCACCUCUAAUACAUGUGGAGAAGUUGGCAGUUACUUGCAGAGAACAGGUUUGUACUGGUACAGAAUCCAGGAACACUGGUUAGGCUAACUGUCCACCGUUACAUAACUGAAAACUGUUGAAAAAUGGCGCUAAAUCUUGAACAAAUAGACAGUGGUAUCCCUGUAGAGUAUGUGAUACAUGUCAAAAUAUUGCUUAAACAAUGUCAGUGGAAUAGUGAAAAGUCAUUUGGUCUGUAGAACUGAAAUGUACCCAAUUUUCUUAGUAGUCUUGCACCAGAAAUAUGACUGUAUCCAUUUUGUCAUGCCAACCAGUAGAUCUGUUUUAAUUGUAAACAAUCUGAAGUUCUUAAAUAUUUUUGUGAUUUUUUUUCGAUUGUGGCGUACACAAGUGAUUGACUUUAUUUACUUUUCAAGUGUAUGCUUACGAUUAUGCUAUGUUGGCCUAAUCAGUUGUUGAUUUUUAUAAUUUUUAUUUAGUAAUUUGUUAUUGUUGUUGAAUCCAUUGUAAUGCCAAAUAGCUUAACAUUAUGUGCAAGUAAUGAAAAUGUGUAUUUGUCUGCAGUUUUAGUUGUUAUAUAUUCUAGAUUGUUAAGUUUGUGAAGGAGAUAUAUUUGUUUCUAUAUUUAGAUAUUGUGUCAUGAUUGCAUCUUUGUUAGUUUUUAGCUCGACUUUUCGAAGAAAAAGUAGAGCUAUUGCUCUCGCCCUGGCAUUGGCAUCACCGUUGGUUAAAGUUUUUGAUUAAGUCAAAUAUCUCUGUUACUAUCUAAGCUAUUGACUUGAAACUUAAAAUAGUUAUUUACUUUCAAAGUCUACACCAGGAGAAACAAUCACCAUAACUCUGAAAUGAAUUUUGACAGAGUUAUAACCCUUUCUAACUUAAGAAGUUUUUGGUUCAAGUUUUUGAUAAAAGUCAAAUACCUCUGUUACUAUCAAAGCUUUUGACUUGAAACUUAAAAUAAUUAUUUACUAUCAAAGUCUACACCAGGAGAAAUAAUCCCCAUAACUCUGAUUUGAAUUUUGACAGAGUUAUGCCCAUUUUUAACUUAAAAUGUUUUGGUUAAAGUUUUAUAAAGUUUUUACUGGUAAGCUCUAAUUCAGUCAAGCACUGAGAAAAGUCAAGCGUGCUGUCUUACGGACAGCUCUUGUAUUUUAAACUACUGACUUUUUAGAUAUGUUGAGAAAUGCUGAAAGCAUGUACGUACAGGCACGUUUACUCUGUUAUAAUCACCACUCUUAGAAGAAUCCAUAAGUUAUUUACAGUACAAGGUUAUAGAAGGUGCUGCAUUCCGGAAACAUCCAUGGAAAAGAACCUAUACACAAGACUGGUAUCUUACGGAAUUUUAGUAAUUUAAGAUGAGUGAUGGGGGAGAUAAGAACUCACAGUCCUUGGUUUUAUAGGUCUGGCCUUUUACCGUGGGUCCAGAGAUCCACUCCUACUAGUACCACAAUAGUAAUCACAAUCUGAUGGAUUAGUUAUGAAUAUGCAUGAAUAAAUCUCUUUAAUUAUUUUCAGUAUGGGUUAGUCGGCCUAUUAGUAAAGUAAAUGAUAAUAUGGUAAGUGUGUUGUCAAGGUACUACUUUCACUGAAUAAUUUUACUUCAGAAUCACCUUGCUCAAUGUUAUCUCAUUCUUGAAUAGAGAAUGGUUUGCUGUUUUUAUCAUGUUCAUCUGACGUAUUUAUGAAAACAAAUUGCGAUGAAAACUGAAAUCCAAGAAGUCUACAAAGCUUGUAAUGUAAGACAUAAUUUCAUUCAUGUACAGUGAAACUUCAUUCACUCGAACUCUUGUAAUUCAAACACUACUCUUCACUCAAACUCGCGAUCAGGUCCUGGCAAAAUCCCUGUGUAAUGUAUAUUAUUUGUUGGCUCAAACUACCAAUAAGUCAAACAAAUUCUGUCGGUUCGGAGGAGUUCCAAGUUAACAAAGUUCGACCGUAACUGAACUACUUCUUGUAGUUGUACUUUGAUCAAACUUUGUUAAUUUAACAAUAUUUAUUUGUUAUCAAGACCAUAAAAUUGUUUGUAGACUAGCUGUUACUUCUCAAGACAUUUCUAUGAAAAGAAAAUUAAAACAAGGAAAUACA